AUGUUCAACAGUGGGCGUUAUAAUGUCGCCGAGGCUGAACAGUCUCAGCACACAGCGUAUGCGAACACAAUGUUGUGUCACGUGUGGCUACUAGACUCUACGUGUGUGGCGUUCAAAGUGGAUAAGCACUGUCGCGGUCAGGCCCUGCUUGAUUUGACGUUCGAUUACUUGGAAUUACUUGAGAGGGACUUCUUUGGUUUGGUGUUCAACACGCGAAAAGGAAAAGCGGAAAAUAUAUUGAAGUGGCUGGACCCAAUGAAGAAGGUUCGAAAGCAGUUCUCAGAUCGCUCAUCGUUCAUCUUUUGGUUCCGCGUUCGAUUCUACGUGCCCGACCCCAUCUGCCUGCGUGAGGAGUACACACGGUAA